AUGACGAAAGCGAACAAGCCUCCCGGGUUCGUCCCACAUAGCACAUUUAAACAAAGCCCACCCUAUCCGCACAAACAGUUCGCCCGGUCGAAUAGACGGGCUGCGUUAGAGAGACUGAGCCGCAGGCACAAUAUUAUUGAGUUUGGACGCGAGAGCGAUGACGAAAAAUUUGGAGCCACCGACAUAAUAGGGAAUAAUGGGACCAACUCUCAAAUUAAAGAAACUCAGGGCCGGCAAGCCUUGUUAGCUGAACGAAAGCGGCUCCCAAUAUGGACUGGACGAAGGGCGCUCGUACAAGCAGUAAAAGAAAACGAUACUCUGAUUGUUCUAGGAGAAACAGGAAGUGGGAAAACAACUCAGGUCCCUCAAUUUCUUCUGGGGUCAGGAAUAGCAGGCAAUGGGAUGAUUGCUGUGACUCAACCUAGAAAGGUAGCCGCUAUAUCCUUGGCGAAUCGUGUAUCCAUCGAACAUGGUACUCCGGUGGGCGAAACUGUUGGAUACGCAGUCCGAUUCGACGAAAAGGCUGGUCCAAACACUCGUAUCAAAUACCUUACAGAUGGAAUGCUCGUGAGGGAGCUCUUAUUGGAUCCCUCUCUCUCACGUUACAGCGUGAUUAUUGUGGACGAGGCUCAUGAGCGCACACUUCGCACAGAUAUGCUUCUAGGGAGUUUAAAACGCAUACAAUACGAUAGAAAUGUGGGAAUGGGUGGGGAGAAGGCGAAUAUCAAGGGCAAGGAGAAAGCCAUCUCGCGAGAUGUGAGCCCUCUCAAAAUCAUAGUAAUGAGUGCGACUCUGGAUGCCGAACGAUUUAGCCAAUUUUUCAAUAGAGCAAGAAUCGUUUACGUGAAAGGGCGCCAACACCCAGUAAAAUUGAUGUAUCUCAAGGAUAAUACCUCAGAUUACCUGGACUCAGCAUUGAGGACUCUCUUCCAGAUUCACAUCAACCAACCUCCUGGGGAUAUACUAGUCUUUUUAGCAGGGCAAGAAGAUAUCGAAACUCUUGAAAAGGCGAUUCAGGUUUAUUGUAAUAAACCUUUAACAAAGCCUAUCCUUGUUUAUCCAAUGUACGCUGCUUUGCCGUCUCACCAACAGUCAAGGAUAUUCCAACCUCCGCCGAAAGGGUCCCGGAAAGUAAUACUCUCAACGAAUAUCGCGGAAACAUCGAUCACUAUACCUGGCGUGAGGUAUGUUAUUGAUAGUGGCAUGUGCAAAGAGAAGGGCUACCAGAGCCGAAACGCUGGCACAGGGAUCGAAACCCUUACUCUGUGCCCAAUCAGCAAAUCAUCUGCUAUACAACGCGCUGGUCGUGCCGGUCGAGAGGUUGUAUACAGAAAAGCGUAUGGAUCCUUGGAUGAAACCUCACUCCCCGAAAUUCAGCGGUGUAAUCUUGCGUUCGCGGCGCUUCAACUCAAGUGUUUGCAACAAGAUCUCUCUACGACUGAUUUGAUCGACGCACCGCCAUCUGAUGCUAUCGCAACCUCCCUUAUCUCACUUUUUGGCCUUAAUGCGUUGGAUUCAACAGGACAUAUCACCCCUUUGGGACGAAAGCUGGCUGGGUUUCCAUUGGACCCACCCUUUGGGCGAGCUCUGAUCGCAUCCGAAGAGCUUGGCUGUUUGCUAGAUGUUAUUGAUAUCUUGUCUAUUCUGUCCGCAUCCUCAAAAGUUAUGUUGGACCCUCCAAGCGAACAACGCGAAAUUGCAUUAGAGGCACGGCAAAAAUUCAUGCACCGGAGCGGCGAUCAUCUAACCUUGCUCAAUAUUCUAAGGGCAUACCUCGAUGUAAGUCAGACCGAUGAUCGUGGCAGUACGCGAAAUUGGUGCAAUUCCAAUUGGUUUGGUGAAAAGGCCCUUCGUGAGGCCCUUUCUAUCCGCUCCCAGCUAAUAUCGACCUGUAAACAUAUGAAUAUGGAUGCCACACAGAAACCCGGAAACGCGAGUGACAGUAUUCUGAAAAGCCUACUGGCCGGUUUAUUCAUGAACACUGCAUUGCUUCAGCCUGACGGGGGCUACAAGCAAAUUGUGGGGCAACAGAUAGUAAAAAUACACCCAGCUUCUUCGUUAUCCGGAAGGAAGAUGACAGCGAUAGUAUUCGACGAACUUGUUUACACAUCUGCCACUUACGCUCGCGGCGUAUCUGCAAUACCCCGACAGUGGAUUAUGGAAGUGCCUUUCUUUGCUGCAAGGGGGGCAACCCAGUAG